AUGUGGAAUGACAAUUUGAGCAGUUUGACUGGUCGGUCGGAGACCUUUGAGCAGCGGCAGUAUGAGGAGGAGCUCGCCAAGAAGCUCAAGAAGAAGCCCUACAUUAUCGGACCGACACCAAUUCGUGAACACUUCCACGAACACUUUCGGGAAGAUGAGUUGGAGGAAACCCGGCCGCAGGAUCUGGAGGCUGGUGUCCAUCCAACCGGAGGCGAUCAGCAGGGCGAGAAGAAGAGGAAGAGGGCCUUCUUCUGGAGAAAAUGGAGAGCUUUCUGGGAAAAGGUUAUCAAACCCGCAUUUCCGGAGGCGAUUACGGACAUGAAGAUCCUGUUUGGCACAGCGGCACUCAAGGCGCGUCUCAAGAGGGAGAGCACGAACACGACGCUUCACCCAGAGAUUGCCUCUAUAGCAGAGGUGAGGAGAGGGCUGGAACUUUGCCCGGAAGAGCAGCGAUUUUUACGGAACAGGAGGGAGCUCAUGAGACUCGCAUUUGCAAGCUAUUUGGCCCUUGACCCGGAAGAUGUUCACCCGGACGACGUGCCAAUCAUUUCGUUUGGAGGCAGUGGAGGAGGCUUCCGUGCUCUGAUCGGGUGUCUUGGGUAUAUGGACGCGAUGAAGCAGCAUGGCCUCUGGGACUGCCUCGCAUAUACGUCUGGUGUCUCUGGCUCCUGCUGGGCCCUCGGCAUAUACUACACCAUUGCCAACUGCAACAUCCAAGCCGCCAUCGACCACUGCAAAGCAAGAUUCUAUCCUUACCAUCCUCUUUCCAGCGAUGCCAUUCGUGCCAUCCUCAGUACACAGAGCGGUGCAAAGAUUACUCUUGGCCCGCUGAUUCAGAAACACAAGAGCGGUAUCGAAACACACUCGAUGGACUGGUACUCGACCUUCACGAGCGGGUACAUAUUCUUCCAAGGCGAGGCUAAGCUGGAGAUUGGCCGCAUCAGAGAGCGAGACGCUGCUACAUCGCAGGCAAAGUGGCUUAAAUAUUCCGAUGUUGGUAGGCAUACUGACAAUGGACAUGAGCCACUGCCAAUCAUGACCGCCAUCCGACACGAACGGGUGUCUGAUCGUGGAAAACAUGGUUCUACCUCUGAUGAUGCGGAGCUUGCUGAGGAUAGCAGUGGCAGCGAGACUCCCAACUCGUGGUAUCAGUGGUUUGAAAUGACCCCUUAUGAAAUUGGGUGCGAUGAAAUCGAGGCCUGGGUCCCGACAUGGGCGUUCGGACGUCCUUUCAGCCAUGGAAAGUCAACCGUCCAACUCCCCGAGCAGUCGCUAUCUAUGGUUCUUGGACUUGCAACGAGCGCCCCCGCGGCCCACCUGGCGUCGUACUUGUCUACCAUUAACCGAAACCUUUCCUAUGGGCUAUUUGGGACAUCCAUCCGGGAGAUUGCUCGUACGAUAAGUUGGUGGUGGGGUGAACGCGGAACGGAGCAGUUUGAGAACCAUCACCCACUGCACGCUUGCGAGGAGCAUAAUUAUAUGUACCAAUACACCGAAGACGGCCAGGAAAAGAAGAAACUAUCAGGUUUGGAAAGCUCGCGGACGAUCGAGUUGAUCGAUAGUGGAAUGGACAACAAUUGCCCAACAUAUGUUCUCUUGCACCCUGCAAGAGGAGUUGACAUCGUUAUGAACAUGGAUGCGUCAAGCGACGUGUUGAACGACACAUUCCAGGAAAGGGUAGAUCAAAUCGGAAGCCGAAAGGGUAUGAAAUUCACAAAACGAGAGACCGACAUUGUUAAUCAGGCUCACGAGAACCCUACAACCGAAGAGGGGGAGAAAAACCCUGCAGCUGAAGCGCCAAUACCUGCCGAGCAGCAAGAGAACAUUCCAGAAGAAGCCAGCAAAGAAAACAAGGUUGAACAGACAGGGAAAGAAUCGGAGAAUCCCUACAAAGGAAAGUAUGCACAAAUUUAUGACGGCGUGCCGACAGAACGGCCUGCUACGGUCGUCAACUCCUACGGCAAAACGGUCACCAACCCCCCUUCUCCAGUCUUCACCAAGGAAUCAACUAUGAUAUACAUGCCAAUCAUUCCAAACGAAGAAGCCGUCAAAGACUUUAAUCCAUCAACGGCAAAAUUCUCCGGGUCAUACAAUUUGGUGUGGACUCCUGAGCAAAUCGACAUGCUGUUGGAUCUGUCAAGAGCAAACUUUGCCGCUGGCGAAGAUGCCAUGAAAACAGCCAUGAUGGAGGCGUGGCAGAGAAACAAGACAAAGAGAGAGGAAUCAUAG